ACGAGAACUCAUCGAAGGAUGCCGCAUUUGCAGGAUGUCGAGCGGGAUUUGCCACUCCACUGGGCCCUCAAUCCUAUUCGAAUCUCUCGAAAUCUCUCCGUGAACACCAUUUCUCUAUACCGAAAGAUUUCGCGGAAUAUGUUGCGCUGCUGCACUCAACUUUGCCAUAGUCCCAAGUUCCAGCGUUAUGUGCGAUUCCUCGAGUCCAGUCUCUGCCAGUUCUAAAGAGCAAUGAUCUAACAAAUUACGCAGCUGCCUCGUCUCUAAAGCACAAUUCUUCCGAUUU